AUGGAUGACUUAAUCACAGACUCUGUGCAGAUUAUGAUUGGUCUCACCAGUGAUGCAAUUACUGUGGUUGAAAGAACACCUGGCACCGCAAUACCCCCAGGGGUUAACAGGGCUGGUGAUGUCACCUGGGAGUUGCGUCAGCUGUUAAAAAGACCUCACCUGUCUGCCUUUGCAAGUAUAUUUGAUUCCCUCAUUCAGCAGGGUCGCAAUAUCUCCACCUUCCGUGUGACUAUGCAAUACGAUUUCUCCGAAUCAAGGAUGGUACAGGAUUACAGAAGCAAGUCCGUUCUACAAGGAUUUUCCCAAGUUGGAGGUUUAUGGACCUUCCUAACGGGAAUUAAACCGAUUUCAUUUCUCGGACUAGCCCACUCUACGCAGCGGGGAAAAAUACGGAAGGCCUGCCACGAAGAAUAUCCGAAAAUUAGGGAGCAGAUUCGACAACCCGCUAGUGAACGGGGUUUGCUUUCAUUCAUUUGCGAUCAACUCAUCGACGUUGGAUUUCUUGAUGAUGAAGUCGACGAGGCAAAUGACGCUGACUCCUUUGUUAAUCAAGAACUCGAUCAGGUCGAAAUGUCCCAAUUCAUACCCUCAACCUUCAAGUCUGAGCCGUCUUUCAACGACGCUGGCUCAGCGCUGCAUUUGAGUAGUACUGCACAUAAAUGGCUGACGUUCCUCCACAUCUCAUUGACGUUCGAAACUCUACUGGGAAGUUCGAUGCCGACCAUAAGUGCUAAGUCGAGGAAACGUGCCAGAUCAUGGUUCAAGAAAGGACAGACACUCCAAGUCCCAGCAGAUUGUGCUGCGAGGGCGGCGGGCCCAGACUCUGUCAAGGAGGUGGAUAUUGUGUGCACGGUGCGGACUCGAGUGAUCCUGGCGCGAUCCACCGGGAUAGGUUGGCUAUCUGAAACGAAAGCAUUCGAAGACGAAGAUUCCUUGCGGAUCCGAUACGGGAGGAUUGUGGUUGAGAAUGAGGAGGUGGACAGAUCCGUUGACGAUUGA